GGCAGUAACAUCAAAAGGUUUUGAGAAGUGAAGUAAGAAAGACUAAAGAGAAGAUGAAUGUAGCAGAAAGAAACUGCAAUGCAAAAGAUACUUUAGAUGAAUACUUUGAAUACGAAGCUGAGGAGUUCCUGGUCUCCUUGGCCUUGCUGAUUACUGAAGGUCGAACACCCGAACAUUCUAUAAAGGGUAGAACGGAGGGUUUUCAUUGCCCUCCAGCACAAUCAAGUCAGCCACCAACAUCUAAGCAUGAAUGCAGCGACAAACUGGCUCAGUGCCGUCAAGCUAGGCGAACCAGAUCUGAGGUUAUGCUACUGUGGAAAAACAAUAUUCCAAUCAUGGUAGAAGUGAUGCUACUUCCAGACUGUUGCUAUAGUGAUGAAGGGCCUAACACUGAGGGGAAUGAUUUAAAUGAUCCUGCAAUCAAACAAGAUGCGUUGUUGUUAGAAAGGUGGAUUUUGGAACCAGUUCCUCGACAAAGUGGAGAUCGAUUUAUUGAAGAGAAGACCCUUUUACUGGCUGUUCGGUCCUUCGUUUUCUUCUCUCAGUUAAGCGCUUGGCUAAGUGUUUCACACGGUGCUGUUCCUCGUAACAUUCUGUACAGAGUAAGUGCUGCAGAUGUAGACCUGCAAUGGACAUUCUCCCAGACACCAACUGAACACAUAUUUCCUGUUCCUAAUGUUUCUCACAAUGUGGCCUUGAAAGUCAGCGUCCAGUCCUUGCCUAGACAAUCUAACUAUCCGGUUUUGACAUGUAGUAUUCACACCAACCUAAGUUUUUAUGAGAAGAGGAUGCAAGAGCACAAAUUACAUCAGCGCAGUGAUUCCGUUGCAGUAGAACAAUGCAGUACAUCUAGUUUGCAGCGCGCGUGCGGGAAACAAACGUGGGCAAUGACACCCGAGGGCCUGCUUAAUGUAAAAAAGUCACCGGAAUUUACUACGUCUAUCAGAAAUUUAAAACUUUAUCCACCUACUGGUCUUGGAUCUGACUUUGGAGCAUCACAGUCUAAAGUUCAGUGCUAUAAUGCUACGGGAGACGGCAAGAUACAAGCUCAUGAAACAUCUGUGAGAACUUUUAAAUCCUUUUCCUUGGUUGAUUCCUGUGUUUCAAAUAGUCAGUGUUCUCGUCAGUCCACAGGAGAAACCAAUCCUCUGAUAGGCUCUUUACUUCAGGAGCGACAAGAAGUCAUAGCAAGAAUUGCUCAGCACUUGAUUCACUGUGAUCCAACUACUUCUCAAGUUAAUGGACAUCCAUUCAGCCUACAUGAAACCACUUCAGCUGCAUCAAAAGCUUUUCGGAGUACUUAUGAAGAUGAGAACUUGCCAAGGAAAGGCAAGGAAACCUCCUCUGUUCCUGUGGCCAACUUAGAUAAUGCAAUACCAGAUGAUGGUGAAGGCAAAACCAGAGCAAUACCGGAGAUGACGCUGGUUGAUCCUCAUAUUCCAGUGAGCCACUGUGGCCGUCAGGCUGUAGGAGAGGGCAAUCCUUUGAUAGAUUCCCUGCUUCAGGAGCGGCAAGAAGUGAUAGCAAGGAUUGCCCAGCACCUCAUUCAUUGUGAUCCAGCUACUUCUCAUCUUGCUGGGCAUCCAUUCAAAGUACAGGAAACUAGCCCAGUUUCUCCAAAAAUUUUCCGAAGUACAUACGAAGAUGAAAAUUUGCUGAAGAAAGGCAAGGAAAAGUCAUCUGUUUCUUUUGCUAAAACCGAUUUUUCUUUGAUAGAAGAUAACAGUAAAUCAAGGCUGAAAACACUUGAUACUCCUGUUAGUCCUUCUAGACUUGAUGGUGAGUUGAAGGCUUCUCAGAAACUCCAAGCAAGAAGAAAAUUGCUUUUAGAAAAACCUAGUGAAGCUGUCCAAAAUGCAUUUCAUCAGACUUCAAAUAAAACUUCUCAUUCGUUUAUUAACAUGCAUGCAUCAUCAUCUUGUGUUAAAGAAAACAAAUCUGAAUUGCCAGAUAGAUUGGAAAUGAUACAUUCUGUUUAUGCACAGAAAGACCAAAUAUCCAGUAGAAUUAAACAAUGUUCGAAUUUCUGCAGCAUUGAUGAACAGAUUUGCACAAAUAAACUUAAAGAAAGAGCAGUCGUUAGUGAAAACAGCAACACGGACAGUUUUAACAAUUUACAGAUAGAUAAAUGCAGAAUACUUGAAGGUACAAAAAAAGCAACUGUGAUGCAGGCAUCUGAUUUUUUGCACAAAAAUGAACUCAAAUGUUUAGACAGAGACUCGAAAAAAUCAAAUAUUUAUGAGCAAAAUACUCAACUUAUUAGUAUUGAAAAUUAUUUAAAUAAAGACCAUGAUAGUUUCAAAAGCAGAAACAAACAGGAUAAAACAAAAACUACACAUGAUGAGAAUGAAGACCCAGUAGGCCUUGAUUUCCAAAGUAGUUGUCAGAAGAAAUCUAUAGAAGACUGCUUAGCAAAGUGCGAACGGCUAAAGAACCCAGAUGUGCAGAAAACACCAUCUCUCAGAAACACAAAUACAUGUCGGAAACACAAUUUUCGAUCCUUGGAUGGGACUUCGACAAAGGCUUUUCAUCCCAGAACUGGAUUGCCUCUACUUUCAAGUCCUGUUCCUCAAAGAAAAACACAGUCUGGAUGCUUUGAUCUGGACUCAUCAUUGCUACGGCUGAAGUGUUUGUCUGCAAGAAGCCCUCAACAAUGUAUAAACAGAGACAGUGAUCCAGACAGCCAUGGGAAACCAUUUCUGAGUUCUAGUGCUCCACCAGUAACAAGUCUUAGCCUUCUGGGAAACUUUGAGGAGUCUGUCUUGAAUUUCCGCUUAGACCCACUAGGUGUUGUUGAUGGUUUCACAGCGGAAGUGGGAGCAAGUGGAGUCUUUUGUCCUACUCAUAUGACUCUUCCAGUUGAAGUGUCAUUCUACAGCGUUUCAGAUGAUAAUGCACCCUCUCCUUACAUGGGUGUUAUUACUUUAGAGUCCCUUGGUAAAAGGGGUUAUCGGGUACCGCCUUCAGGAACAAUACAAGUGACCUUAUUUAACCCUAACAAAACUGUGGUGAAGAUGUUUGUAGUGAUCUAUGACUUGAGAGAAAUGCCAGCUAAUCAUCAAACAUUCCUACGGCAAAGAACGUUUUCUGUUCCUGUGAGACGAGAAAUCAAGAGAACUGUCAAUAAUGAAAAUACUCCACAGACUGAAGAAAGGCUCCUACGCUACCUCAUACAUCUGAGGUUCCAGAGUUCUAAAUCUGGAAAGAUCUACCUCCAUAGAGAUGUAAGGCUCCUGUUCUCUCGGAAAUCCAUGGAAGUUGAUAGCGGCGCUGCAUAUGAACUCAAAUCUUACACUGAAUCUCCAACAAAUCCUCAGUUUUCACCAAGAUGUUAGCAAAUAACGGCAAACUAAAGUAUUCAUUUUACUGUUGAUUACUCCUUAAAGGCAAAGAUUGGUAUAGAGGGCAGUAUAAAGUUAAAUCUGUAAAGGAAUGAGAAGUAGCGCGCAAGAGAAGCAAGGUUCUGCUGUGAUCCUGGACCAGUUUUGUAAAGGUUUCUGGAAUGAGCUUUGUGUAUUCCAAGUAGACUGGAAGCAAAUACUUAAAUCUAAUCUUUUUGUACUGUUUAAACCACUUCAUUGGAUGUGUUGCAAUAGCAAAUUCCCAACUUAGUUUAGUGUUUACACUUUUUAUUUUAUUUUUCAGUUAUUUAAUAUUUAAUGUUUCAUUUAAUACUCAAGUGAUGUUUGUCUUUAGUGUUCUAAUGUAGCAUAAAUCCUAUGUAAAAAUCAUACUAUGUAUUUUUGGCAUUAAUAUUGAAAUCUGAAAUAUAUACAGAUGUCUUUAA